AUGAACUCCGGCACUUGCAUUGGAGGCCUGCAAGGUUCAAAGGACCUUUUAGAUGCCGUUCGAGCGGCCGUGGUUAGGGGCGAUCUGGAUGCGCUGGCUUCCCUCAAAGGCGAUUUCCUGGUUAUCAAGGAAAAUAUAGUUAAAUGUGUUGAUGGAUCGGGGAACACUCUGGUUCAUCUGGCACUUGGGAAAAAUACCACUAUGCUGGAGUUUGUAGUUAAGGAGCUUACCGGUGAUGUAAACGCGCCAAAUUUUCAAGGACGCACUCCGUUGCAUGAGGCCGUCAGAAACAACUAUGUUGAAUGUUGUGAGGCCCUCUUGGACUAUGGGGCAGAUGUCGGUGCCCAGUCUGCAACUCUCUCUACACCAUUUCAUACAGCGGCUGCCUGUGGGAGUGUGGAGUGUAUGGAGGUAUUGUUGAAACGGAGUGAUAACCCGAAAAAUAAGGUGAACGAACUGGAUCGCAACAAGUGUUCAGCGCUGCAUAAGAGUGCCUCGGAUGGAGACGUUCGUGUUAGCAAGUGGUUGGUAGAGCAUGGCGCUGAAGUAGACCAGAAGGACGCAGAUGAUACGACGCCACUUCUUAUGGCUGUUAAGAUGGGUAAACCGGAUGUGGCAGAGUAUUUGAUUAAGCAGGACGCGAACCGUGACCAGGCGGAUUCUCACGGGAACCGUCCUGUUCAUUAUUGUGCUAUUCGUUGUGAUUAUAAGAUUCUCAAGAUCCUCAUUGAUGCAGGGGCUACAGUUAACGUUCAGAACAAUGAUUUAAACAAUCCCCUUCAUCUUGCAGCUAUUCACCAGCGGCCGAAUUCGAGGGAAUGGGAGGAUUUGAUUGAGCUUCUGCUCGAUUCGGGGUGUGACCCAGCGGUAGAAAAUGCUUCGCGCAAAAAACCUGCAGAUUAUGUUGGUCGGAGCUUCAAGAAAUUUUUCUCAAACGAAGUCUCCGUCGAACGUCGUAGACUAGAGAAGAAGAAGAUGCAAGAAGAAGAGGAGGAGUUUAAAACAAUGCUGGAGAUGAGGAAUACUUGGAGAGCCAACAUCGUUGCUGACCUAGAAAAGGUAAAGAGAAGACAAAAAGAGGAACUUGAUCGAUUGCAUAGGGAGACGGAAGAAAGGCACCGUGCGGAGGAUGACGCACGGAUGCUAUUGGAGGAAGCGAUAGAGAGGAAACGCUACCAGGAGGAGCAAAGGAAAAAGCGGCUGGAGGCCGCCGAAAAGGGUGCGAGCACUAUGAAGAAGUAA